AUGAGGCAAAACAAGAUAACGAUUUUGGGUCUGACCCUACUGCUUUGCUUGGGGCUUGCACACUCCCAUGGUUUUGGUGGAAAGUUCGGACGAGGUUACGCCCCUGUCUACAACAACUUUGUUCCAUAUCCAGUUGCCCAACCGAUCCCAGUGGCCCAGCCUGUUCCAGUUCCCGUGGCUAUUCCUCAACCAAUUCCAGUCCCAGUCCCGCAACCAGUGGUUAUUCCCAUCAAACACGGAUGGAAGGGCGGUCUAGGUCUAGGUGGAUUUGGAGGAGGUUAUGGCGGCGGUUUCGGAGGCUACCAGAACUUUGCCUCUGCCUCCUCAUUUAGCUCUGCCAGUUCGUUUGGCGGUGGCUAUGGAGGCUUAGGCGGUGGUAUCUUUAGAAGGCGCUAG